UACUUUACUUCUUGUGGUGUAAAAACUUCUUAUUCUCACUCUUUCUUCAUACUAACCUCAUCAACUAGACCCCCAAAAAUCUUACUACAAAAUUAGAAAAACAAACCCUUCCACUUUUCAUUUAUCUCCCUAAACCAGAUUCAUCAACGAUAAGAACCAAUUCUUGCCAAGUUCUUCCGCAGAAAAUGGGGCAGUCCCUCAACAAAUCAGGAAGUGAAGAGAAGGAGAAGGAAAUCGAACCCGUGAUCCUCAAUCACUACGACAAAUACUUCAGCAACACCAAGGAUUGGAACUACGCAGAUUUCUACCAUGCUGUUUGCCAAAUAGUCGAAGAAAUUAACAGAACUAUAGGCCGACCUCAGUUUAAGGUGCAAGAGAAGAGCAAGCUCCAACAAACCUAUAAUAAACACAGGGGAGGCGAGGGGACACCAUUGAAAAAGGAACAGUUUCAGAAGAUCUUGAAAGAAGUGAUUCUUGACACAGGGGUUACCAACAUAGGAGGAGCAAAGGAUAUGUUCUUUUACCUGUAUGGAGUGCCAGCUGCAGCCUUGUUCUUAAAGCAACGUCUGGCUCCAAAACUCAUCCCAAAUGAAGUUCUCAUCCCUGUUGUCACUUCUGCUACAGUCUUCCUUCUCGCAAAGCUCAACAAACUAUAGUAAUUCCAACAGUUUCAUCUUAUCACAUUGUAUUUCUCAAGCAGCUAUGUUCGUGAAUCUUAGUCGGAAAUAGAGUUUGUGUCCGACCCAAUGAACAAGGUGCUUCAAGACCA